AUGACCUCUAACUGUUGGAUCAUCAACCACUGUUUGGGGCAUCGGACCUGCCAACGAACGACACCCGCCCUCCCCAACGGCCGACUUGGGACCGAGGACUCCUUGAGAGAGCAACUGGAGACGGUUCUGCCACAGCUUCUGGAGUGCAAGCUGCAGAUCCAGGAUUCGAGUGCUCGGCAGCAGCCUUUGGAGGUGGACUCCUGCCGGGAGGCGCUGGCGAGCGCACGGAGCUGUCAACAGAUGGCCUGGAAGUUCUUGACAUCCAAUGGCAUCGACCUGAGUCAUGUGGUGCCAACCAAGUUCGCAGAGGAGAUGCUGCCUCAUCCAGCUGCUUUUGGCCCACCCUCUGGGCCGAGCCUGGCGGAAAGCAUUUCCGCUGAGGUCUUCCCGCCGGUGAUGCGGCUCCUAUCAUACAAUCUGUUUUUGAGGGCACCUGCUCCACAGUUCACUCACAACAAUGAAGAUGACCGAAAGGAUGAGCGUUUGUGCCGCUUUGUGGAGCACCUGGCGCGGUACGACCUGAUUUGUUUGCAGGAAGUCUUUGGGGCCUUUUCACAGAGGCGUGAGUGGUUGAUCCACGUGGCCCAGCGCUUUGGUCUCAAGGACUCUCAUCGAUCAUCCACCAAUGUUCGACCCCGUUUCAUCGUGGAUGGCGGCCUUCUGAUUCUUUCUCGGCUGCCGAUUGUCUACAAGUCACAGCUGACCUUCGAUCCGGGCAUGCAUUUAGAUCGUUUCAGCGCCAAAGGUGCGCUCUACGCCAAGGUGCAAUGUGGGCCAAAAGGGCCAUUCCUCCACGUGUGCACCACACACUUGCAGAGUACUUACUCCGAGGACUCAGCACCCUUUGCGCAAGCCACACGCCACAAGCAGCUUCAAAGUUUGGUGCACUUCCUCAAGGAGCAAACCAAUGACCACAUUUCAGACAACGGUGCUUUUGUGCGACGCUGGCCACUCUUGCUGUGUGGCACCUUAAACUUCAAUGGCCGGCGAGGUCUCAUGGACGGUGGCCACAGCGCUGAAUACCGCGCAGUGCUGCAACUGCUCAAGGAGCAGCUGGGAGAGGUUCGUGACCUACUCUUCGAUGUGGCGGGCUGCCAUCCAGUCACCUACGCCGACACGCGGCUCACGGGGUCGCAAGAAGUACCGGUGGAACGCGUCUUGACCAACGCGAGCGUCUACAAGAGCAACACAUUGAAGAGGCAGUGCUUGGAUUACAUGUUCUUCUUCCCAUACCAGCCGCACGGGGAGUCGACACAUGAGCCGGUCGUGCCAGCAACAUGCCAAAUCCAGAAAUUUGCUGUAGACAGGUCCCAAGAUGUGGGUGCUCCUGUGACGCAACUCUCCGACCACUACGGUGUAGAAGGCAGUUUGGCCAUCAUCGAGUCCCCUGCAUGCCUCACAGCUGAACGGCCUGAGCAGCGCAGCCGCAUCACGGACUCUCAAGGCUACAAACUUGCAAGCGUUUCUGGAGAGGAAACUGCCACCGCACAGCCCGAUGGCCAAGUCCAGCUGGACAGUGGUGGUGAUGGUGUUGCGGAGGAAGCUGCACGGCAGGAAGCAGCAGCAGAGGUUGAGGCUGCAGCAGAUGAAGUGGAGGCCGUCGCUGACGCGGAGCCGACGCCGUGA